AAAAAAAAAAAAAAGAAGACUUGUUGACUUGACUCAGAACAAGGGAUGCGAAAUUGGGAAUAAAUCUCACCCCCAUCUCCCCCUACCUCGCAUCUCACCCACCCACCCUCUCUCUUUUUGAUAAAAAAGAACACUAUUCAUUCCUUUACUAAACAGGAAACUUAUCUAGUAGGAAUUAAAUCAGGCGUUGUUUCAGGAGAGUUUCGAUCGGUUUCCAUGAGCACCCAAGGAGCCUCAACUUCAUCACCGUCUUCUUCUUCAACACCUCGGCGGACAUACGAUGUCUUUCUCAGUUUUAGAGGCGAGGACACCCGUACAAGCUUUACGGAUCAUCUAUAUAAUGCUCUGACAAGGAAAGACAUUUUUACCUUUAGGGAUGAUGAAAACCUUGAGAGAGGAAGAUUUAUCUCAGAAGAGCUUGUGAAAGCCAUACAGGAAUCGAAAUUUGCUAUAGUAAUUCUCUCAAAAAACUAUGCAUUUUCGACAUGGUGCUUGGAUGAACUAGAGCAUAUUGUUAGAUGCGUGGAAGAGACAGGAUUGGUAGUUGUGCCAAUUUUUUACCACGUGAAUCCAUCUGAUGUGCGGAAACAGACAGGAACUUUUGCAGAAGCAUUUGAUGCUCACAAAAAAAGAGCCUUAGAUGAACACAAAAUGAAAACGUGGAGAACUGCUUUGGGAGUAGUGGCUGAUCUCUCUGGUUGGGAUUUGAAAGACAGGCAUGAGUCAGAAUUUAUCCAAGAGAUUGUUGAAAAUAUGAUGAAGAAAUUGAGUUUAAAAUUCUCAAGAAUAAACAAAAACCUCAUAGGAAUAGAAUCUAAAAUGGCAGAAUUGAUCCCUUUGUAUUUAGAUUUUGGGAAUAAUGUUUGCAUGAUAGGGAUUUGUGGUAUGGGGGGAAUGGGAAAGACAACUCUUGCUAGAGUUGUUUAUGAUAUGUAUUCUGAUCAAUUUGAAGUUUCUGGUUUUAUUGCUAAUGUCCGGGAAAAGUUGGGAAAAGGUGGUUUGCUUCAUUUACAGGAACAAUUUCUUGAAGAAAUUUUGGGGGAAAGAAAUAAAAAGAUACGGGAUAUUCAUCAAGGAGUUGAAAUAAUCAAGAAUAGGUUACGUCAUAAAAAAAUUCUACUUGUCCUAGAUGAUGUUGACCACGUGGACCAAUUAGAAAAUUUGGCUGAGCAUCACUGGUUUGGAUUAGGGAGUUGGAUCAUCAUAACAACUAGAGAUGAACAUGUGUUGGUCAAACAUGGAGUUCUUAAAAUAUAUAAGCCUAACGGACUAAAUAAUGAUGAUGCCUUAAAACUUUUUUGUUUGGAAGCCUUCCAAAAUGAGCAACCCAAAGAGGGUUAUAUGCAGCUCUCUCAAGAAGUUGUAAAAAAUGCUAGUGGCCUUCCAUUAGCUCUUGUUACUUUGGGUUCCUUUUUAAUUGGAAGAACAAUAGAUGAAUGGCAAAGUGCAUUGGAAUAUUUAAAAAAUGAUCCUACAAUAGAUAUAUUUGAUAUACUUAAAAUAAGUUAUGAUGGACUAGAGGAAAUGUGGAAGGAGAUAUUCUUAGAUAUUGCAUGUUUUUUUACGGGUUCAGGAAAAAAUUAUGUAAUACGUAUAUUAGAAAAUUGUGGGUUUCAUGCAAUAAUUGGUAUAAGAGUUCUCAUGGACAAAUCUCUCCUAACUCUCACAUAUAAUGAUAACAAUUCUGAUGACGAUGACAAUGAGUAUUUGGGGAUGCAUGAUCUACUAAAAGAAAUGGGUCAAAAAAUUGUUCGUCAACAAUCAUGUGGAGAGCUUGGAAAGCAAAGUAGGCUGUGGCUUUUGCAGGACUUGUUUCGUGUAUUGGAGAACAAUAUGGUAACAAAUGCAAUUCAAGCCAUAGUCAUCAAGAAAAGGAAUGCAGGUUUCAACUUUGAAGAAUUUCCUGAAGUUUUUUCAAAGAUGACUAAUCUUAGAUUGCUAAUAAUUGAUGAGUUGCACAUCCCAAAUGCUCUCAAUCGUGUUCCUAAUGGCCUAAGACAUCUUUCAUGGAAAUGUUGUUCAUUAAAAUGUUUGCCAUCUAGUUUCCAACCAAAGGAACUUGUUGAACUUGACUUGCAGUAUAGCAAAUGUGAAUAUCUUUGGGAAGGAGCAAAGUGUUUAGGAAACUUAAAGUCCAUCAAUCUUUCCUCAUCGGAGAACCUAAUUUGGACACCUGACUUUUCAAGGGUUCCGAGACUUGAGGUACUACACCUUGGUUGUUGCACUAAUUUGGGUGGGUUACACCCAUCUAUUGGACAACUCAGCAAGCUUAAAAGUUUACAUCUGUCUUACUGCGAAUCUCUUACUAAUCUUCCCAGCUUUUCAGAGGCUACGAGUCUUGAGGUACUAGGCCUGGAAUGGUGCACUAAUUUGGUUGGGUUACACCCAUUGUUUGGACAACUCAGCAAGCUUAAAAGUUUACAUCUGUCUUACUGCACAUCUCUUACUAAUCUUCCCAGCUUUUCAGAGGCUACGAGUCUUGAGGUACUACUCCUGGAAGGGUGCACUAAUUUGGUUGGGUUACACCCAUCUAUUGGACAACUCAGCAAGCUUAAAAGUUUACAUCUGUCUCGCUGCACAUCUCUUACUAAUCUUCCCAGCUUUUCAGAGGCUACGAGUCUUGAGGUACUAGGCCUGGAAUGGUGCACUAAUUUGGUUGGGUUACACCCAUUGUUUGGACAACUCAGCAAGCUUAAAAGUUUACAUCUGUCUGACUGCACAUCUCUUACGAAUCUUCCCAGCUUUUCAGAGGCUACGAGUCUUGAGGUACUACUCCUGGAAGGGUGCACUAAUUUGGUUGGGUUACACCCAUCUAUUGGACAACUCAGCAAACUUAAAAGUUUACAUCUGUCUCGCUGCACAUCUCUUACUAAUCUUCCCAGCUUUUCAGAGGCUACGAGUCUUGAGGUACUAGGCCUGGAAGGGUGCACUAAUUUGGUUGGGUUACACCCAUCUAUUGGACAACUCAGCAAGCUUAAAAGUUUACAUCUGUCUCGCUGCACAUCUCUUACUAAUCUUCCUAGCUUUUCAGAGGCUACGAGUCUUGAGGUACUACUCCUGGAAGGGUGCACUAAUUUGGUUGGGUUACACCCAUUGUUUGGAUAACUCAGCAAGCUUAAAAGUUUACAUCUGUCUGGCUGCACAUCUCUUACUAAUCUUCUCAGCUUUUCAGAGGUUACGAGUCUUGAGGUACUAGGCCUGGAAGGGUGCACUAAUUUGGUUGGGUUACACCCAUCUAUUGGACAACUCAGCAAGCUUAAAAUUUUA